AUGAGCGAGGAGACGCUAAGGGUAAAAGCUACGGCCACCCGGGACCACGAUGGUAUUUACGGUUCUGCAUCGGCAUUACAAGCAGAUGACACGGGAAGGCGAUUGUUGCCAGACCGGCAGCUGGAUUUGGGUCAACCAGGAUGGUUGGGUUUGCGCCGUGAAUGGGUGAUCCUCUUUCAAGUUGUGGUUGUCCUCCUGCUGUUGGACUUCCUGGUGUUGCGCAAGGUGAAAUCCAGCGUUCGCAACCAUGUGGCUCUGACAGUUUUUUGGCUAAGCAUCGGCAUGCUCUAUAAUGUGCAUAUUUGGUACCUGUAUGGAGCAGAUCAAGCCAUUUACUGGUUCAGUGGCUUUUCACUGGAAUGGAUGCUCUCCAUGGACAACCUGGUUGUAUUCAGCCUGAUUAUGACCACUUAUCGGGUGCCCCCAUCCUUGACUCGGAAGGCCUUGUUUGUUGGGAUCGUGGGCUGUGUGCUCAUGAGGCUUGGUUUUUUCUUGAUUUUGGAAGACGUGUUAAAGCACGAGAAGAUCCUCCAAGUUGGCAUGGGAGUGGUGCUCAUGGCUAGCGGUGGCCAGGCCAUGUUUGAGGAGGACAGCGAAGGUGAGAUCGUGGACACGUAUGUGGUGCGAGCAACGAAGGCCUGUCUCGGAAACAGGUUGGAAGAGCGCUAUGACACCGAGGAGCACAGGCUUUUCGUGUACCGAGAUGGCAAAUACAAGGCCACCUUGUUGGUCUUUGUCAUCAUACUCUUGGAGAUCACUGACUUGAUGUUUGCCCUUGACAGCGUCAGUGCGAAAAUUGCUGCAGUGCCGAACCAAUUCAUUGCCUACAGCUCAACGGUUAUGGCCGUCUUCUCGCUUCGUGCUGCAUUCUUCAUCGUUCACGAUCUCGUCCAACAAAUCGAGGCGCUGAAGUAUGGUGUGGCAUUUAUUGUUGCGUACAUCGGCGUUCAGCUGAUCCUGUCCACUUUCCGGUACGUCCCGGAGUGGAGCCUGAUUGUGGACGGUCUCGUGCCGUCUAAGGUGGCCUAG